ACCAUAAGAAGAAAAACCUGGAGAUAUAUAUGUUGGGUCCUAAAAAAAUUCCCAGGUGAUCUGUGCUUAUUCAAAGUGUCAUUUUCUGGCACUUCAAAAAGGGAACUGGGAGAGGUGAUUGAGCAAUUAAUAUAUCUAAUUUAACUCAUUUGUCUCUACUCAAUCUUCCCCAAGAUACCUCUCUUUGAAAGGAUUUCCCACAGAAGGAAAAAAAAUGAGAUUCACUAUUCUAUCACAGAGAAUCUGUGGCUUAUUACUCCUAAGGCAGGCCUACUCUCCAGCAGUUUUUCCUUCAAUAGAAUCUUUCCUAGUUCAGCUUUCUUCCUCAUUAGUUUGUUGUUGGCUUUUUUACUCUCUGGAUUUUUUUAGUAAUACAUUCAAUGAUGGUUUCCUUCAGGCACUCCUCUGGCAUAUAUUAAUUAUUGUGGCUCUUCCAUUCAAUGGUUCCACUUAUUCAUUCCUUUUUUUUUGUCCUGCCUUUCCAAAUUCUUUGCUACCAUCCAACAACACUGACCUAUCAUUCCUCCAACACAAUUCUCUAUCUUCCUUCUCUACACUUUUAUGCCAGCUGUGCCCCAUGCCUAGAAUACUCUCCCUCCUCACAUCUAUUUUCCUUGGCUUCCUUCAAAACUGUCAAAUCUCAUCUUUUGCAGAGGACCUUUCUUUCUGAAAUUACCUCUCAUAUAUUCUGUAUAUGAUUUAUACAAACCUAAUUAUAUUCAUAUCUGUCUCCCGCAUUAGAAUGUAAAUUCUUUGAGGGUUGUCUAUUUUUGCCUUUCUUUUGUGUGUGUGUGUGUGACCCUAGUUCGGUGUCUGGCAUGGAAUUACACUCAAUAAAUGCUUUUUGACUACUAUUAUCAGUUUGCCUUCCCUUUAUCACCCAGGGACUUGUGACAGCACUUGAAUAAUUUUUUUUUUUUCAGAUGGGUCAGAAUGCUCAACGUUCUUGUAAUAAAAACAAUAGCAAGCACUUAUGUAGCACAUUAAGGUAUCAGGGUUACAGAGCCAUUUAGUGUCAGAGGUUCAAAGUGAAUUCAGGUUUCCUGACUACAGGUCCGGCGUUCUGUUCACUGCGCUACCUAAUGGCCUCUAUUUCCUUCUUAAUUUCAGUUCCAAACGCUGCCAUGAACUUUACAUUUUCUGCUAAAGUAUUAGUCCGAAGCGAGAGGAAACUUUCUGUUUUCUCUUUCUUUGGGUCUCUCAACUGUUCUUUUCCGGUCUCAGCACAGAUAAUGGUGGAAGACGGCCGCCGGAAACUGGGAUUUAACUCUUGGAAAAGGGCGGGACAGGGAAAGAAAGAGGGCGGGGCAAAAGGUCCCCUGAUUGACGGAGAGUUUAGAUGGUGUUAAUAUCUCUCUCCUUACCUUUCCCUUCCUGAUCCCCAAUUCCACUGAGAUAAGUGAAAUAACUGAGUUUUGGGUUCAAAGCCGGCAUAAGCGAAGCCCAUAAGUCACCUCUUGGAAUGCGAUAACGAGGAGAAGCCAUUGCUUUGCAGUCAGAUACUUGGAAAAAGAGGACCCAGAAAUAUGGAAAGGGGAAUUCUGGGAGUCGUAGUUCGAAGGCUUUUUGUAGUUAAUCACAUCACUAAUCCCCUGGGAGCGGAGUGCGCGAGCCCUGUUGUGGGUUCCAAGGAUGCUUUGGUUUAGACCGGCUUUUGUUGCGUUCAGACUUGGGUCCUGUAUUCAAGCAUCUGAGGGCCGGAAUAUGAGCGAGGACGGGUCUUUGCAGCUUUGGGGAGUGGUUUUCUUUUGAGGCUGCUGAUGGAAAGAUAAGAACUGGCCUCAGGAUUCUGGACCUCGGACAGGGAUUGCGUGUGCCUUUCUCUGUACGCCCUGCUUCUGCUGCUGCCUGGCUCCUCUAAGCGUUAUUGUCAGAUUGAUUUGAGAAAAUCUGUUUCUCUCUACCUCGGUAAAUUUGUGUAUUGAUGUCACGAAGCGGGCCCCAAGUUCAACUUGCAAGUGUUGCUAUUUUCUCCACAUAUUUUUUGAGUUUAGACAAUCAAUGACGCAGAUUUCGAAGUUCAAUCUGCAAGUGUUGCUAUUUUCUCCACAUAUUUUUUGAGUUUAGACAAUGACGCAGAUUUCGAAGUUCAAUCUGCAAGUGUUGCUAUUUUCUCCACAUAUUUUUUGUUUAGACAAUCAAUGACGUAGAUCCUGAUUUUUGGCAUUUGCUGAUUGCAGAAGUGUAAAUAUUUACACUAAAAUUUUAAUAAUCAUCUAUUUGUCAGUCCUUGUGCUCUGGGACACAAAGAAAGGCAAAAACAAACAAACCAAAAUAAAUAAACCCACCCCUGCUUUGAAGGACCUGAAAGUCUAAAGAAUUGUUUUGUAUGCUACUACUCUUGUGGAACAUUUAUAUGUCCAGUACCUCUCCACAAUUUUUUGCAUGAUUCUAGAGUCAGGCUAUAUCAUAGAGUUUUUUUUUUUUUUCUGUUUACUAUAAUCGAUCUCUGCCCACAGUGCCCCUUAGAAGAACUUGAAACUGCUUAAUCCAAGUGAAAGGGAUUGGCUCCCUGUGGGAAAUGCAGACUUGAAAUUCAUGGGGAGAGUCUCCCAUACAAAUUUCUAAACAAGGUGAUGGCCACUCUCUUGAGCCCCCAGCUUCUGACUCCAUGUGAAGACUGGGUCCUGAGAAUUGAUGUACUUUGGAGGCAAGAUACAAUCUUAGGAAGAGAGAAAUCAGACCUUGAAGCUGCUCGACAGAGUUUUAGAUGGUAUCAAUACCCCAAAGUGGCUGGACCCCAAGAAGCCCUAAUCCAAUUCCCAGAGCUUUGCUUUCAGUGGCUAACACCAGAGAUUCACACAAAGGAACAGAUCCUAGAGCUGCUGGUGCUAGAACAUUUUCUGUCUCUCCUGCCUGGAGAUAUCAAGAUUUGAGUAAAGUCUCAGCAUCCCACAAAUAGCAGAGGUGGUGAGUUUGGUGGAGGAGUUGAUCCAAACUGAGGGGAGAGGUGAGAAUUACAGAAAGAUGAUGAGAGGGAAGUAAAAGGUUGAAAUAGGCACUUAAAAUAAGGAAUCCAUGGAGCAAAAGGUUUUCUGAGAAUUUUGGAACUCCAACAUGGGAUCAGUGGAUGAUGUUAUCAAGCCCAUUGUUUUCUUCAGAGUCCACUGUGGGUAGUAUUAUGUAGUAUUUUUUCAUAUAGAUAAGACUAUCAUCAUUUGAGACUGCUUUUCUGAGUAGUUGGUUUUUAUUUUAUUUUGGGGGGGAGGGUAAUAAGGUGGAAUAAAGUAGGGGAAGUGGAUGGAAUAUGUUAUCAAACUAUCCUAUCUUGUUAAUGGAUUUGUGCCAUUGAUCCAUAAAGAAGUGACUGAAAUUUAGAGUUGGAAAUAAUAUCUUACAUAUUUAAGAUAGGAAGUAUGAGGUAAUGGGAAAAAUAUUGGCUUAUGAUGAGAAAUUUGGAACUGAGUCAUAGCUCUGACCUUUUUUAGAGGUGUGAUCCUGAGCAAGUAACUUUACCUUUGGGUCCCACUUUCCUUAUCUGAAAAGUGAGGGAAUUGACCAAGAUUGUCUCUGGCAUCACUUUUGACUCACAUUUAAUUUUUUCUAUAGCUUAUGUCAGCCAAAUUAGGACCAGAAAUCUAAUCUUCUGAUUCCUACCAUCUUCUCUCUUCAUUAAACAUAGUGCUUCUCUAACAGUGAAGUUAAGAUCAUCCUAUUUGUGCAUAUUUCUUUUCCUUUGAGAGUUACAAAUUAUCUCCUUAUAUGUCUAAUAAAAAAAGACUCCUGUCUUUUCAUAAUUAAAAGGGAACUCAGAGGUCAUCUAACAUGCUAACUGAAUGGAAAUCAGGAUGCUGUAGGACUCUGGGAAAGUCACUUAAUAUUUUUCUAUCUGUUUCCUCAACUAUAAAAUGAAAGUAAUAAUAGUCCCUAUCUCAUAUGAUUGCUGUGAGGAUCAGAUGAUAUAUUUGCAGAUCUCUUAGCACAGUGCCUAGUACGUAAUAGUUGCUUAAAUGAUUAUUCCUUCCAUAUACCAUGAAAAUUUCACUGAAGACCUCUGGUGAGGCAGAUCAUUUUAUCAUAUUUCAGAUAAAAGAAAUAUCAAGACAUCUGGCCACAUCUUAUUGGGUCACAUCUACAGAAUUGUGUACCUCUGACUGCCACAUUUUAGCAAGAACUUUUGACAAAUAAUAGUACACCCAGAGCAAGUUAUUAGGUGAUGAAAGGGACUAGUCUAUAUCAACAAACAUGGGUUAAAGGAGUUGAGCAUGUUAGGGAGACUAUGGUAAGGGAUACAAAAACUGUGUUUAGUUAUUUGAGGAACUAUCUCUGGAGAGAUUUGAAAAAAAGAAAGUGCAUGUAGAAAAGGCACCAAAGUCAAGACUUUUAGCAGCAGUGUCCAUGGUUCCUUUUGUGAUCCUAGAAAAGCACUGGUUCAUUUUUUUUCCUUGACUUUCCUCUUUGUAGGGAUUGCAUGCUUGUCUGUGUGUAUGUACAUGCAUGUGUGCAAAAUGCGCAUGUGUAUACAUGUGUCUAUAGUCUGCUUGUGCAUGCCUAUGUAUGUGCACACAUUAUUGUGCAUGUACAUGUAUGUGCAUGUGCUGGGCAGUCAGUGAAGUAGUACUGGGUGAUAUAUAGUUUGAUCCAUCUAGGAACUUCAAGAUAAAAUCAGUUUUCUUCAUCUUUUCCUUUUAACUCCUCAGCCAUUAAUUCUCAGGACUCUAGGCUUCUGGAGGGAAAAGAAGAAGAGAGAAUGGCUCCUGAAUUCCUGACUUUGAGAUCCCAGGACUUCCAGUUUCCAAACCAGAAUUAAUUUCCCAUAUGGAUCUAGGGGAAGAACCAGGAAUUCUGGAGAAAGAAGUUUCAGAAGAUUGGAACACUGGGACUAAAAGCAAAGAGUCGAUUUCUAAUCAAGCCAUUUCUAUUGAAGACUCAUUUUUGGAAAGACUUAAAAUGGUUGGGCUUAAGGAUUCUCAAGGACAAGAUCGGGGAUAUAAUGUCAAGAUAAAGAAGCAGCAGCAAAAUAGGGACAGACAUUCUAAGGAAGUAACAGCCCCCAACAGAAAAACUUCUUAUUUAUUAAGAAGCCAUGUAAAUAAUAAAUUUGAGAGAACUUCUAACUCUGGGUCAAUUCCUAUUCUACAAAGAACAGAAUCUUUGGAAAAGAGACUCCCUAAAUUUGAUACUCAUGAUAUGGUCUGCAGUGAGUUUUCAGAUGUGCUUAAAUGUAAUACAAUCCCCUUAGGGAAGAAACCUUGCAAAAGUAAUGAAUGUGUGGAGACUUCUAGUCAUUGCUCAGAUUUAAUCCAAUGUCAUGAUUUACAUAAUGAGGAAAAAGCACAUAAAUGUAAUGAAUCUGGGAAAAUCUGUAGUGAAAACACAUCCAUUACUGAACAUCAGGGAAUUCUCACUGAAGAAAAACGUUAUAAAUGUAAUGAAUGUGGCAAAGCCUUUAGCCGGAACACAUUCCUUAUUCAGCAUCAAAGUAUUCAUACUGGGGAGAAACACUAUAAGUGUAAUGUCUGCAACAAAGCCUUCAGUCAAAGAGCACAUCUUGUUCAGCAUCAGAGAAUUCACACUGGAGAGAAACCCUAUGAAUGUAAUGAUUGUGGAAAAGCCUUUAGCCAGAGGUCCCACCUUGUUCAGCACCAAAAAACCCACACUGGAGAAAAACCUUAUGAUUGUAAUGAAUGUGGGAAAGCCUUUAGAGAUAGCUCAUCUCUUAUUAGACAUCAGAUCAUCCAUACUGGAGAAAAAAUAUAUGAAUGUCUUGAAUGUGGAAAGGCUUUCAGUCAUAGCUCAACACUUACUCAGCAUCAGAGAGUUCAUACUGGAGAGAAACCUUAUGAGUGUAAAACAUGUGGGAAAGCCUUUAGUCAUAGUUCAUCCCUUAGCCAACAUCAGAGAAUCCACACUGGAGAGAAGCCUUUUGAGUGCAAUGAAUGUGGAAAAGCCUUCAGUAAUAGCUCAUCCUUUAUUAAACAUCAGAGAGUUCAUACAGGAGAGAAACGCUAUAAAUGCAGUGAAUGUGGAAAAGCCUUUAGCCAAAGCACACAUGUAAUUCAGCAUCAAAGAAUCCAUACUGGAGAAAAACCUUAUGAAUGUGAUCAGUGUGGAAAAGCCUUCAGUGAAAACUCAACUCUUACUCGACAUCAGGUAAUCCAUUCUGGAGAAAAGCCACAUAAAUGCACUGAAUGUGGAAAAACUUUCCGGCACAGCUCAUCUCUUAAUCAGCAUCAAAGAAUCCAUACUGGAGAGAAACCUUAUAAGUGUAAAAAGGCAGGGAAGGCUUUCAGCCAAAAUACAUACUUUAUUCAACAUCAGAGAAAUCAUACUAGUGAGAAACUCUGUAAAUGUAAUGAAUGUGGUAAAGCCUUCAGUCGAAGUACUUUGCUUAUCCAACAUCAGAAAAUUCAUACUGGAGAGAAACACUAUAAGUGUAAUGAAUGUGGCAAAGCUUUUACUCAGAGAACAAACCUGGUUCAGCAUCAGAGAAUCCACACUGGUGAGAAACCUUAUGAAUGUAAUGACUAUGGAAAGACCUUCAGGUACAGAUCAAAUCUUACUCAGAAUCAGGGAAUCCAUACUGGAAAGAAACCCUAUAAAUGUAAUGAAUGUGGAAAAAUUUUCAGUGAGAGCUCAUCUCUUAUUCGACAUCAGAUCAUCCAUACUGGAGAAAAAACAUAUGAAUGCAAUAAAUGUGGGAAAACCUUUAUUCAUAGCUCAUCUCUUAGUCAACACCAUAGGAUCCACACUGAAGAGAAACCCUUUGAGUGUAAUGAAUGUGGGAAAGCAUUUAGUAGUAACUCAAACUUUAUUAAACAUAAGAGAAUUCAUACAGGAGAGAAAUGUUAUAAAUGUAGUGAAUGUGGGAAAGCUUUUAUCCAGAGCACACAUGUUAUUCAACAUCAAAGAAUCCAUGCUCGAAAGAAAUCCUUUGAGUAUAGCGAAUAGAAACAGUAUAAAUGUAAUGAAUGUGGAAAAGCCUUCAGUCAGCGCACACAUGCUAUUCAGCAUCAAAGAAUCCACACUGGAGAGAAACCCUUUGAAUGUAGUGAUUGUGGGAAAUCUUUCAGUAAUAGCUCAUCCUUUAUUAAACAUCAAAGAAUUCAUACUGGAGAGAAACGAUAUAAGUGUAAUGAAUGUGGAAAAGCUUUUACGCAAAGCACACAUGCUAUUCGACAUCAAAGAAUCCAUACUAGAAAUAAACCCUUUGAGUGCAAUGAAUGUGGCAAAGCCUUUAGUCAGAGAACCCAUCUUAUUCAGCAUCAGAGAAUCCACACUGGGGAGAGACCCUUUGAAUGUAAUGAAUGUAGAAAAACCUUUAGGCAUCGUUCAUCCCUUACUCAGCAUCAGAGAAUCCACACUGGAGAAAAACCCUAUGAAUGUAAUACAUGUAUAAAAGCCUUCAGAACUAGAUCAUCACUUACUAAACAUCAAAGAAUUCAUGCUGAAGAAAAGCUAUAUGAAUGAAAUGGAUGUGAGAAAGCCUUCAAAAAAACUUCUUUUUAUGAACAUGAAAGAAAAUCAAAAUUAAAUCCUAUAAAUGUUGGCCAUGUUGUUUACUUAUGACAUUUUAAAAAGGUAUUUAAUGAGCCAUGAUUUCAUCAAUGUGGAUAUUCCUUUCACUCCCUCAGCACUCUUUUUCAUCUUAGUAAAUUGUUUGUUUCUAGCUUAGUCGUGUUUCAAGUUCUGGCAGAGCAAGUUUCCAUCUAAGAACUUUUUCCUCUACAAAUUAUUGCAUAUUUUUGCCAAUUUUUUUCAUAUAAAUUUCAUUGUUACUUUUUCUAGUCUUAUGAAACAAAUUCUUUUUAUACAUAGAUGUUGUAUUAAAUUUGUAAAUUAAAUUUAUUUGUAAAUAACUGAUUAAAUAGUGAAAUAUGAAGAUUUUAACAUGAUAUUUUAUUCAACCCACUCAUGUGCAAAGGAGUUUAUUCUUAAUUGUUAAUUAAAGGACUUAAUUGUCCCUUUUAUUAUAUCUUAAAAUUUUUGUAUAAUUAUUUUUACAAAGGUUUAUUAUGAAUCUUGGUAAAUUAAUAACCAUAUCUUUUAUUUUUGUCAUUUCCUUGUUGUUAGUUCAUCUUUAUUUGUACCAUAAAAGAACUUAAAUCACUUUGCCAGUUUUAUCAUAGAUUCUGCUAUCAUAUAGGAGCUCUUUGUCUCAAUUUUUGUUAAGUCCUUAGAUUUUCUAUUUAUAUAAUAUAUAUAGAAAGAUGUUUUGAGCUUUUCUUUAGCAAUGCUUAUUCAUUUAAUUUAUUCUUAUUAUUGUUAUGUAAGCACUUUGAAAUAAUGUCAAAUAGAAGUGAUAUUGGAGAACGUGGAUAUUAUUUAAAAGCAUGUGAGGAACAUAGUCUGGAAAGGAAUUCUGCUGCUGCACUGUGCCACCAUUGGGUACAGGUGAAUUUUACUCUGUACCCAGGUUACCUUUAUCUCACCUAUUCUGCUCUAUCUAAUAGAUUCAGAAUUCAUGUAUUUUGACUUGUCUACUCUCAAUACAUUGUCCUUUGUCUCUUAUCCUCUUAUCUUCCUUAUCAGGAAAGCUACUCAUCCCUUUAACCACAGGAGGUAUUUUCAAAGUAUUAGCUAUGUGGAAAAUAUGGUAAAGGAAACAGCCACUAUGUAGUUAAAAAAAAAAAAGUCCUAUAUUUUGUAACUUGGAUUCAUAUUCUGGCUAAGUCAGUUGUAUGUGACCAAAUCAUUCAAUCUCUAUGAGUCUCAGCUUCAUUUGUAAAAAUUAAACUAAUUGUAUUUAUAAUAUUUACCUCGUAUGUUUUGUAAACUUUAAACUGAUUGUUGGAAUCCUUACUAACUGCUAAGUAAUUAGAGUUGAUCUAAUCUUACAAGAAGAUGUUUUGGGCAGAACCUGAAACAAGGUACUAAGUAGAACUACCUAUAAUCCCUCUCUCUGGAAGGAGCAUAAAUAGGCCAAUGGGCCAGUCGGAGAGUGCUAGAGAGUGAAGAAGCUACAAGUCGAGAUUUCACCGGAAUGACAUGAAGACUGGAGCUGGCUGGAGGCUGAAGAAAGCAGAGGCAGAGGCUGAAGGACCAGACCUUUGGAUUUAAAGACAUUUGGAGAGAGCUCUUGGAACAAAGCAGAGAGAUAGGCCUCUAAGCUAACCGGGCUAUAUUGGAGAUAAUAAAAGAUCUGAACUUUCAUCACCUGGCUGCGUUUUGAGAAGAAAAAGAUCACAACAACUGAUAUAUAAACAUAUAUGUGCAUGUAUUUAUCUAAAUAUACACACAUAUUGAGGAUAUGACCUGUGUUUUCAUAUAGCUUACAGUCUAGUUGUGAGAUGACACACACACAUACUUCAGAAUUAGCUGAUUCUUCAUCUCACUAACAUAGAUAGUACUCCUGCUGAUGCAGACUUGCCACCUGCCCAUGUCACUUUAUUUUGUGCAAUUCUUGCUCACAUCUUUUCAUAAAUCCUCUAUAAGGGGAUCUAUGCAAUGUGUUAGAGGCCUUCCUCUAGGUUUUAAAUAUUUUUUUUUUUAGUCUUUGGAACUCUUAAAUUAUCUGUCUCUCAAAUGGGAACAUAACUAACUCAUUUCCCUUUUUGGUUAUUUCCAGGAAAUUACUUGUAAGUAGGAAUGGUUUUUAAACCUAUCCCUAUCGUCUUGCACAUAGAAGGCACAUAAUAAAUGUUUAUUGAAUUGUCUUGCA